AGAGAAGAACCACCAAAAAGAAGAGAAGAAGAAAGAUGGAAGGCGCGAACAUGGCGGAAAAUGAAAGAGUAAACAUCAAUAACCUCGAACUUCAGAAGAUUGUAAACCGAUGGAUAGUGGAUUAUUACUUUUCUGUGGCGGUGGAGUUCUUUAAAAACCAUCAAUAUGCGGACUUUUGUGGCGUUAGAACCAUAUUGGACAAUGUCCUUGAACGUCCAACUGAAUCCGUUGAUGACAUGUUGUUAAAGCUCAGGGUGUUGCAGUUCCUCUCACGCAUAAAUGAAGGCGACAAACUUAAUGCUUUGUUUGAUCCAGAUCAGUCAAAAACUUCUCUGGAAUCGGCCCUAGAUUUGCUGGAAAACAUGAGAACAACUUUCCAAAUUCCUCAUAGGGAUAUUGACUCUGCAUCCACCAUAAUUAAAGAGAUGAUCGUGGGGACAUACAUAAAGAAUGAAUUAUUUAAUAAAGCACAAGAGGCACUCGCUCUGUACCUUCCCAAACCAGGGAAUCAAAAGAGGGACAUAUUCAGCCGUCUCAUCCGUCAGCAGAGGAGCACGCACAAGAUCAUCGACCAGCUCAACUUUCCACAGUUUAAGACGGAGAUGCUGCAGUUUUGCCAGCAGAUCUGUCGCUUUACCGUCCCGUACCUUCACAAGGCUGCAAAGAUGCUUCUUUUGCAAAGAAUCAAAGUACAACAUGAUGAGACAGCUGGAGUUGAUGAGCAAGAGGAGCCUAGUCCUUCCUCUUGCCUACAAACAAACACAGUUCGGCUCACAUCAAGAAAGUAUCAAAUCAUCCAAAAAGCUAGUCUUGAAAUUGCCUACAAAGCCUUAGCUGAGGGGUUGGAAGAAAAAACAUUUUCUGAGCUGGAGGAAGAAGUGGAGGCUGAAGCUCAGGAAGGGGUUUGCCUUUGCCAGCAACGCUCACUUGAUCCAAAGAGAGGUGACGAUCAGAGCCUAGACCAAGAAGCAGGGCUUCAGAGAGACUCCUGCGGCCCUAUGGAAGCUUCCCCAGCGGAACAGCCACCGCAGAGAGACGCAGAGCAGCAAGAUCAGACAGGGUCAUUAUAUACUGUGGCCCGCUUGGUAGUUGAACCAGACAGCCAGGUGAGCACACAGUACUCAAUAGCUGCAGAAGAGCUGGAGAGGAGGGCAGAAAAACCUCCACAGACGCCACCAACAAACAACAGCUCACAGGGUCCACUUACUGAAAAACAGGUAGAAAUUCCCACAAGAAUCCCAAGGCAAACUAAUGGAACACAAACAAGAACUUUGAGAAGUUUUGCUGAGUGCUCUUCAGACAGUGAGGAUGACUCCCUCCACACUUCUAUCCAUAAAGACCCAGCUGGUCAACUCCAUGACCAGUCCAAUAAGUCAUCCAGCAGAAAUUCCAACAGAUCCAGUGUAUCAUCAGAACAUGAAGAAGAGCAACAGGAGAAGUUGAACACCUCCAGAUCUCCAAUGAAGAGAGCUGAUGAACAACCAUCCAGAGGUUCUCCCAGUUGUGAGGUAGACAGCAUCGAAAGUUUACCAGACUCUCCGUUGGACAUCUCCCCAAAUACGUCCUCUCAUCAGGUCCCUCAAAAAAACUCCACUCCUCACAAAGGUGCUAACAGAAAAUUAAAACUCCUAAUGAAAAAUGCAGAAGGGAGCAAGGUUGAAUGGAAGGACGAAGAAUCCUUUUUCCCCUCCUUAGGGAACAGUGGUUCAAAUUCAGGAAAAAGGAAAAGGGAGUGGACUGAGAAAGAGACGGAGAUGCUAAGAGAAGGGGUCAAGAGGUUUGGAGAGGGUAACUGGAGCAGGAUCAAGGCUCACUUCCCCUUUAAAAAACGAACCAACGUGAACCUGAAAGACCGGUGGAGGACAAUGAAAAAGAAAAACUUGGUUUAAGUUGAUUUUGUUCAUUCAUUCCCGAGGCCAUUUGGGGGGUUUAUGGUCUGAAAACUGUGAUAAAAUUAAUU